UAAAUUUCAAGAAGACGGCUUCGAAUAAAGAUUAAGAUGGCCGGAUUAAAGCUAGUUAUGUGUAUGGCUUUGAUUGCUCCAGUGCUGUCUCAGGUUUUCAAUGGACGACAAUUUCCACAGAGACAGCAGAGAUUUGGUAUGCAACAAUUCGGGAUGGGUAGAGCAGCUGGAAUGACUGAAAUAGGCGAAUUCAUGGAUACUAGAAGCGAUAUGAUUUCUGAUGCCAUGGAGAGAAGAGGUUCAAUGGGUUCAAUGGCACAGUCUGCACUUGGAAAUCAAAAAGUUGGUUUCGGAGCUACUCAGAGACCCCGUGGAAUGAAUUACAAUAACCAAUUCAACGUUUAUCAAGUACCACAAGUUCAAGCACGAGCUCAACCUUACCAACUGGUUAACGGCAUACCCAGUAACACCGUUUUUCUUCAAACUGCGCCCUCUGGCCAAUAUGUGUCUGCUUCUCAGAUGGCAGUAUCUCCGCAAAUCAUUCAUGCUCCACAAAUCAUUCGCGCCCGACAAAUCGUGGGUGCUCCACAAAUUAUGGGUGCUCAACAAGUUAUGGGUGCUCAACAAGUUAUGGGUGCUCAACAGAUGCUUUCCGCUCCACAGAUGUUGUCUGCUCCACAGAUGGUUGCUGCUUCACGAACCAGAGCUACCCAGCAAAUCGCUGCUGCUCAACAACCAGUUGCUGCUCAACAACCCGUCGCAGUUCAAAAACCAGUCUCCGUGCAGGCACCACAGCCACAAGCUAAUAAAGCUGCCCAACCACAAUCAGUGCCAAGUGUAACUACACAAACUGCCGGAAAUAUUCCAGCCAAUCAAGUUAUAGAAAUGCUCAAACAAAUGUUUACCUCUACUGGAAGCAAUACGGGUGCUAGAAAAUUUGUGAUUGUGUAAAGAUUUGGUGAAUGGAGAAAGGGAGAAAUAUUCUGAGAUCUCAAAAUAGUUUGAAAUAUAUUUGGAAUGUCGUACUCCUAUUGUGUACGGAAGUUUAGAUUGUUAUUGUACGUAACCUCAACACGAGACAACGAACGAAAUGUCCGCAUCUCAGAAUACUAUCAAAUUGUAUUUUCCUUUAAACGUUUAUAGUAUUAUGAAUUUUUGAGUUUUACGUCAUACUCAAAAAAGAGUUAUUCAGCAAAUCAAACGAUAAGUGUUCAUACGUAUUUGUUAUGAUAAAGUUAUCAUGAAAAGGAUUCAAUAUGUAAAAAUAUUAAAAUAUACAUUUGUCUUUUCGAUCUUCAGACAUGACAAAUCUAUUUAGUAUACCCACACUGUAUAAGAAACUAUUGUCUGAGCAAAGUAAAAAGCGAAAAUUGUCCUCGGUAAAAACAAAUUUUUAAGACAUAAUGUGAAUUCAUGUUUAUAUUUUUAUCAACACAAAGACAUACAAAGACUAUCAGUCCUUUUUUGAAGCUGUUGUUCCAAUGCUCAUAAAAAUAAUGGAAAAAAUUCACAAGACUUUUUACUUUGCUCUGACAAUAGUUGAACUAGUUAGUCUUAAGAUCUUAAUGGUGGGUUAUCCGAUAUAACUAAACUAUCACUUGAUUUCAACCAUAAGUAUAUUUUAAAAAUAAAUAUAUAUAUUUUAAAUUUUAUAUUUAUAUUGUUCUUCUUGUCUUAAUGUUAUUUUGAAAAUAAAUUAGUUUGUU